GAGAUAAAAGCGCGGUUAUUCCAUCAUAUCUGGUGUUAGCUCCAACAUCUUCAAAUGUGAAAUAUUUAUUUGACGAUGGUAAGAAUACUUUUGGAAAUGGUGGGAGCGGUUGGUGUGACUAAGAUGUGGGAGCAUCUUUCAGUCGAUAAGCAUGAAAACUGAGCUCAUGUUGUGAAGAGUUCGCAUGGACUCCAGACGCGUGGAGAAUGAUAAUUAGUCUUUUGCGAAUUUCACGCACAGUACCUGUUCGAGCGGCUUAAGCGGUAUGUUUCUUAAUCAGUCACGGGCUAUGAUAACGUAACGUUGUGUCACGACGCAUAAACGUGACGGGAUUCUGGUCGUUAUCGAAUGGCCUGAUUAUCUUCCUUCUGCCCAACUGUUUACACCUUACACUUCGCAGGCAAAUGCGGCGUACUUCAAGGGCACGUGGCAAUCGCAGUUCAAGCCAAGCAAAACCAAGCAGGAACUCUUCUACGCAUCUAGAUCUGAGGUCACCUUCGUCAAGAUGAUGAAGCAGAAGGCACAUUUCAACUACGGCGUGUCGGAGGACCUGCAGGCGCAAAUCCUGGAGCUUCCGUACCAGGGCGGAGAGAUCACCAUGUUUAUCCUGCUGCCGCCGUUCAUAGAGGGCGCACUAGACACGACUGUGUCUCGGCUAACGGCCGAGACGCUGCGUUCGAACAUGGAGAUGAUGUGGCCCGUCGAUAUUGAUGUGCAGAUCCCCAAGUUCCGCAUCGAAGAGAGCUACAAGAUGAAGGAGAAACUGAGCGCCCUGGGCUUUGAUAACCUUUUCAACGCGUCGGCCGUCAACCUGAACGGCUUCUCGGACUCGGGCAACCUGGCGCUCAAGAAAGCGCUACACAAGUCCUUCCUGGAGAUCAACGAAGAGGGCGCAGAGGCGGCAGCGGCCACGGCAUUAUUCCUCUUCCGCAGCGCUCGGCCUGCGGAGCCUCCGGCGUUCAUCUGUAACCACCCCUUCAUGUACGUCAUCUACGAUCACUCGCAGGAAAUCAUAUUGUUCAUGGGCACCUUCGAACACCCCAGGGCCGUGUCGGCGUCGCUGGACAAGAAAGUCUGAGUCGAUGUCGACGGCGGCAAAGAUGGUUGUGAAGUUGAAUCUUUGACGCCAGAGGAAUCUCCAAGCAUUGACAGUGCGCACGCGAGCCGUCCAAAUAUGUGUGAUGCGUGGUGCGUACGAACGUGGGCGCAUACAACCCCUCGCCAUGCGGGACUGGGUGUACCGAGCUUCGCGUAAGGGGUGGCCAGGGGAGCGGCGGAGACGCCGGGACAGU